AUGGUGAACAGGUAUGCAGUGUAUGCAGGGUACAACAUUAGGUGGUUCAAGGUUGAGAAAAAUAAGAAAAUGGAAGCUAGGUGCAAGUCUGGGUGUGAGUGGAAGUUGUAUGCAUCUUGGGAUGGUGAGCAUAAGUCCUUUGUUGUCAGCUCAUGCAAUCCAGAGAACACAUGCAACAGGGCUGAUUAUGAGAAUUUGCAAGCUAAGGCUGGUUGGUUUGCUAAGGAGUAUUUGCAGAAAUACAUAGACAAUCCUAACUGGUCAAGGAAAGAGUUGGAAAAGGAUGUGAUGGAAAGGUUUGGGGUUAGACUCUCAAAGUGGAAUUGCUACAGAGUGAAAACUAUUGCUCACAAACUACUUCAUGGUAACUUGUUUGAUCAUUACUCUCAGCUGGCCACUUAUCUGUCUGAGUUGAAGAAGAGUGAUGUUGACAACCAAAUGUUUCCAGUUGCUUGGGGUGUGGUGGAGGCUGAAAAUAAUGACUCAUGGUCUUGGUUCUUGGAAACACUAAAGCUUGAUAUGCCUGACUUUGGUGGAGAAGAUAGCACAGUUAUUUCUGAUCAACAUAAGCACAAGAAACAUGGAGGUGAUGAGUUGAAGAAGCUGUUCUGGAGGGCAGUGUAUGCAUACACCAAGGCAGACCAUGAAAAGGCCCUUAAAGAAAUGAAAACAAUCUCUCCUGCUGCUGUUGAAGACUUCAUCAAGCAAAAACCUCAAGCUUUUUGCAGAUAUGGAUUCAGAACAGUCACUAAGUGCAACCUAGUUGUAAAUAACCUAGCUGAAACCUUCAAUGGGUGGAUACUAGAAGCCAUAUCUAAACCAAUAAUACACAUGCUUGAAGACAUAAGAAGGGCUUUGAUGGAGAGGUUAUUCAAGAAGAAAACUCUAAUGGAGAGAGCUAAGGACAUAAUCUGUCCAAGAAUAAGGAAAAGACUUGAAAAAAACAAAGAGUAUGCCAAGUGUUGCACUGUAUUGGCAUCUGGUAGAACAGAGUUUGAAGUUCUUCAUGGCAUGGAAGUUUUAGUGGUAAAUUUAGAUUUGAAGACAUGCACAUGCAGACGGUGGGACCUACAUGGUUUCCCUUGUUGUCAUGUUAUUGCAGCGUGUAACUGGCUGAGGGUACCAUGUGAGGAUUAUGUAGAUGCAAGCCUGACUAAGGCAAGGUAUCUGCAAGCUUAUAGUGGUUCAAUUAAACCACUAAGGGGAGAGAAUCACUAG